CUCCUGAGACUGAAACCACCGCCCGCCUCGACCACUCCGCCCCCACUCCGUCGCCGCCGACGCGACGCCGAUGGAGAGCCUCCGGAUCGCCGUCUCCCACCGCCCGCCCCUGCUCCUCGCCGCACCGCACCAGCACCAGCUCCGGCGCCGCAGCCACCUCCCCGUUCCCCUCUCCUCCCUCCCACACACCUCGCUCUCCCUCUCCUCCUCGCGUCAUCGCCUCGGCCUCGCCCCGACUCCUCUCCGCCGCAUCCCUCCCCUCCUCGCCUCGCAAACACCCGGCGGGACCGAUGACCCCAGCCCGCCCCCCGCCGGCGUGAAGCUCGUCCCGCUCCUCGUGUCCCUCGCGGUCGGCCUCGCCGUGCGCUUCCUCGCGCCGCGGCCGCCCGAGGUGAGCCCCCAGGCGUGGCAGCUCCUCUCCGUCUUCCUCUCCACCAUCGCGGGGCUAGUGCUGGGCCCGCUCCCCGUAGGCGCCUGGGCCUUCCUCGGCCUCACUGCCGCUGUCGCCACUCACACGCUCCCCUUCGCCGCCGCCUUCUCCGCCUUCACCAACGAGGUCAUCUGGCUCAUCGUCAUCUCCUUCUUCUUCGCGAGGGGCUUCGUCAAGACCGGCCUCGGCGAUCGUAUCGCCACCUACUUCGUCAAGUGGCUCGGGGGCAGCACACUGGGACUGUCCUAUGGCCUCACUAUCAGCGAGGCGUUCAUUGCGCCGGCCAUGCCCAGCACCACCGCGAGGGCCGGGGGCGUGUUCCUGCCCAUCAUCAAGUCGCUCUCACUCUCGGCUGGGAGCAAGCCGAACCACCCGUCGUCGCGGAAGCUUGGGUCCUAUCUUGUGAUGUCGCAAUUCCAGGCAGCUGGUAACUCAAGUGCUCUCUUCCUAACUGCUGCAGCACAAAAUUUGUUGUGCCUGAAGCUAGCAGAGGAACUUGGUGUUAUUGUUGCAAAUCCAUGGGUGGCAUGGUUCAAGGCUGCUAGUUUGCCAGCCAUUGCUUCUCUACUAGCUACACCAUACUUCCUGUACAAAAUAUUCCCCCCUGAAACAAAAGAUACUCCUGAUGCCCCAGCAUUAGCUGCAGAAAAGCUUGAGCGCAUGGGUCCAGUGACUAAGAAUGAGUGGGUUAUGAUUGGCACAAUGCUCCUUGCAGUUUCACUAUGGGUGUUUGGGGAUGUUAUUGGUGUAUCUAGUGUUGUUGCUGCAAUGCUUGGACUCUCUAUUCUUCUCCUGCUCGGUGUGCUAGACUGGGAUGAUUGCUUGAAUGAGAAGUCUGCAUGGGAUACAUUGGCCUGGUUUGCGGUUCUAGUUGGAAUGGCAGGACAGCUCACUAACCUAGGAAUUGUGUCAUGGAUGUCAAGCUGUGUUGCCAAGCUGCUUGAAUCCUUCUCACUGAGCUGGCCUGCAGCAUUUUGUGUUCUUGAGGCCUCCUACUUCCUGAUUCACUAUCUAUUUGCAAGCCAAACUGGGCAUGUUGGAGCUUUAUACUCUGCGUUUCUUGCUAUGCAUGUGGCAGCUGGUGUUCCUCGAGUGCUGUCAGCUCUUGCUUUGGCAUUCAACACAAAUCUGUUUGGUGCGCUAACUCACUAUAGUAGUGGACAGGCUGCAGUGUACUUUGGAGCUGGGUAUCUUGAGCUUCCAGAUGUAUUCAGGAUGGGUUUUGUAACAGCCUUGAUUAAUGUCCUUAUCUGGGGAGUCGUCGGAACCUUUUGGUGGAAACUUUUGGGGCUCUAUUGAUGAUAGUGGUUGUCUGUAAAUUAACCAAAAUUUUCCACUGGAGCUCACUGAAUUCGGUAGGGAUGUUUCUUUGACCCUGUCGAUGAGAGUUCAAUAACAGAAUAACAAUGUUCUUCAAAAUGAUCUACUCAGCUGCUCGGUGAGUUUGAGGUUGCCUAGUCUGUCUACUUUUUUUUUCCAUGGUGUAUAGUUUCCCCCUUAUAUCGUAAAUGUAAAUUAAGGGACACAGAGAUUGAUGGAAAGUCAGGUCAAUCUGAUGACCUCAAUUCAAAA